UGCGAACUGUGGCCAGCGCCUCAGAAACAAUCGGAACCGAGCAAACAACACAACACCACCAAAGCACAAACAUCAGUGAGUACUGCGAGUCGGGUGUAAACCUGUAAACCUGCUCCGCUUCCAUUCGACAGUGGCUGAAAUCAUGAACUAUUUUCGGUAGUUUGAUGUACGAAAAAGCACUGCACAGAAAAGAGAAAGGAAUUUAGCAAGGAACAUAGUGCGCGGUGGUGGUGUUACGGGCGUCCGGCAUUAUUUAUCCUCCGUACUGUACGCGGUCAAUUUGAACCGGUCACCUCCCCUAGUGCUGCCCUCUUCCGCCAGCGUCUGUUGUCACCGUUCACGCACGGCAACAGCAGUUUCCCAGCAUCUCGAAGUAAGCGCAUGUGUCACGGCCAAAUUUGCCAGAUCCACCCCGAGACGAAGACGACUCGCGACGGGCCGCGGCGACAUACAGCAAAAAGUGGCCGAUUGGUUGGUUUUGUUCUCCCCCUCAUUGGGCUGGUGAUUGUGGGGGAGUGAGUGCGUGCGUGCAUGCGUACGUGUGAGUGUGUGUAGGUAACAAGCAGCCAGCAGAAGAAGGAGUCUGUGCAGCACUCGUAAGACGUCCGCGCGAAGUUCAAAGCCCCAACAGAAAUCAUCCUUCCCGUGUUCGGAGUUGGUACAACAAAAGCAGCAGGUGUGCACGUGUAUCUGUGUGCUGGUGUGUAUGUGAGUGAAACGAGAUCAACCACAAGAAAGGGUGCUUGGGUUGAUGGUUCGGUCGUGUGCAUUAUUAUAUAAAGAAGAUUCCGUGAAUCUGGAAAGAAAAAUCCUUCCUACACCCAGCGAGAUUUGCACAGGUGACCGACGUGUAUGUGUGUUUGUGUGUGAGCAAGAGUUUCCUGUUGUUCGCGGAAGGCUUUGUUCCAUUGUUGUGUCCUCGAGUUAGUCGCGAGGGGCCAUUUACCUACCUGUUUUCAUAGCCGCGCGCGGGAGAGAACGGAACGGAGCUAGAUAAAUAGAGCACCACGGUCGGUACUCUUUUCGCGAGAUUAGCGGUCGAGAGAAAGAGAGAGAGAAGAGGAAGCAGGAGAAGCAAGAAGACGGGGAGGUGGUGUUGUUCAUCGCUGCUUGUCAUCGGAAAUCAUCCGAUCUCGCGGAGCCGGUUUUAGUGUGCGUGUAUUGUGUGUGAAACGUGAAAACGGGUGGACGGGUGUGCAUUAUCGUACCACCCACCAACCUACCUACCGCCGUCGCCGCCGCCGCCGCCUCCGCCAUUGUCCAGCUCACCUCGCGGACCCGCGCACCGUCCGGCUCCCCCCCCACCAAGCAACACAUCCUGCAAAUUGAAGUCGAUAUACUGCCCCACGAACUCAGAAGGAAAGAAACAGUCGGCCAGUGAAGGUGGUCCGUCGGUACGUAGGCAUCCGGCCUAGACUCGCUGACGACAGCGAGCGUUCUUUCGACCACGACGGCCAAGACGGCGGCAACUACAACGAUAACGACAACAACAGAAGCCACGCAGCGAAAAAAGGGCACAACAUCAACAAGAUGCAACAAAUAGCCACCAUCAUUGGGGCGAACGCCUACUACGAUGGAAGCCGCGUGUUCACCUGGCUUGCCGACAUGUGCGGCCUGUCGGUGGAUUUGGUUAACUUCCUCAUCACACAGUUUCUGGCGCUGAUCCUCGCGUCAGCCUUCCGCUCCUACCUGCACCCGUCCAAGGUGUCAGCCAGCACCCGGCACGCGAUCGGGCUAGUGAUCGGUCUGUUCUUCGGUUACUUUUGCUUCGGUCAGCAGGCGAUCCACAUCGCAGGUCUGCCAGCCGUUUGCUAUGUCGUCAUACGCACACAAAACCCACAGAUUGUUCAACGGCUCGUCAUGGUCGUGGCACUGUUCUAUCUGUCCUGCAUUCAUCUGCACCGGCAGUACUACGAUUAUGGGUCGUACUCGCUCGAUAUUACCGGUCCGCUGAUGAUCAUCACGCAGAAGGUGACCAGCCUGGCGUUCAGCAUCCACGAUGGCUUCACGCGCGAAAUGAAGGACCUGACGCAGAGCCAGCAGCAGCACGCCAUCCGGAAGCUACCGUCGCCGCUCGAGUUUUUCUCCUACACGCUCCACUUCCAGGGGCUGAUGGCGGGCCCGUUGGUGUUUUACAAGGAUUACAUCGACUUUAUCGAGGGCUGUCACAUCAUCAAGCAGACGUCGGCCAGUGCAAAGUACGACAUCGAGAAGAAGAUCGUUCACGAACCAUCGCCGGUGAAAGCGGUCGUGAAGAAGGUGAUUGCAAGUUUGGUGUGUGCACUGAUCUUCGUGAAGUUCGCUACUAUAUAUCCGAUCAAAACGAUGAAAGAUGACGGUUUUAUCGCGAGUUCAGGCUUUUUCUACUCACUGUGGUACAUGAUGAUGGCCACCACUGCGGUCCGCUUCAAGUACUACUUCGCCUGGCUGAUGGCCGACGCGAUCUGCAACAACUCCGGGCUCGGCUUCAACGGGUACGACGAGCGGGACGGCGUUACGCCCCGCUGGGACAUGCUGUCCAACAUUCAGGUGCUGGAGUUCGAGUUCGGCACCAACUUCCGGAACUGCAUCAAUGCGUGGAACGCCGGCACCAACCGUUGGCUGCGCAUGGUCGUGUUUGAGCGUGUGCCGAAGCGCUACGGCACGGUGCUCACCUUCAGUCUAAGCGCACUGUGGCACGGGUUCUAUCCGGGCUACUACAUGACGUUCGCCACCGGUGCGCUGAUCGUGAUGGCGGCGCGCAUCGCUCGCAAACUGUUCCGGCCCGCGUUCCAGGGCACGGCCGGGUCGCGCAUGUUCUACGACGUGCUGACGUGUGUGAUAACGCGCGUCUUCAUGGGCUACGCCACCUUUCCGUUCGUGCUGCUCGAGUUUAAGGCUAGUCUUCGUAUGUACCUGAAUGUGUUUAUGUGCCUUCAUCUAGUCGCUCUGAUCACUGUGUUUAUUUUAUCGAAAUACGUACCGCGGGGAGAGGGCAGCCGGCAGUCGGCGAGUGCCCGUUCGCGCACCAAGCUUAAAGCGGACACGGAUGAACAGCCGGCCAGCGCCAACGGCAGUAGCCGGCGCGCUGCGGACGAAUCGGAGGGCCGCAGUUUGCUGAAACCGACCGUACCCGUGGAAGCGCUGGAAAGCAGCAAUGGCACCGGCGGGAUGCGAUUCCGGGGCGGCGAGAAUGGUCGCCGUAGUGAUCCGUGUUCCGCCGAAUCCUCCCAGCAGCAGCACGACGUAGUGGACCCGUUCUGUCUGACCACCAGCACCACCACCACCACCCUCAAUGGCAACCACAAAAAGACUGACGAUUUCCUGUCCGAAGAGGAUAACAACAACAGUGCCACCAGCCCCACCACCACCACCACCACCACCUUCAACAGCGCCACCUCGACCGCCAACGGCAAGAGCGGCUCGAAGCUGACGCGCGAACGUAUCAAGGAGAAGCUCGAGCAGGAGACGCGCAACAUCGAGGACUUUAUCGACAAGACGGUGACGGGGUUCGUCGAGCUGAAGGACGACCUGAUGCGCAUGCCGGACGAAACGAACGGUGGUUUGUACAUUCCACGGAAGGCGCACGGUGGCACCGGCGGUCUGGUGAACGGCAAUGGCAAUGUCGCCGACGGCAACAGUAACAUUACCGCCGGCAAUGGCAACACCACGACCACCACCACCACCACCAGCAGCAGCAAUGCGUUCCUGAAGAAGGAGAUCGAUGCGCUGAACGCGGCCGUCCAGCAGGCGAACGUGCUGCCGGCUGUGUUGAGCAAUGGGCAUGCGAAGUAAAGCCACCGGCGGAUGAUGGUGGAUGGCCAGCCAACCAGACAGACCAACCCAACCAACGAAACAGCAGCCAAAUAUUCUUCCCCACCACCCCACUGACGGAUCGAGUGUUUUCGAGUGUAAAGUGAGUUCCUAGACAACAUUCACGCGCGCGCACACGCACACACAUACAUUGGACGAGAUUGGUGAUUGGAGUCUGAUGUUUUCUUAUCCUUUUGCGAAUCGGCACUGUGAAGCGUGAGCUACAUCCAUUCGUCUUUCCGUACACUGCUCCCGGGAAUAGGUGUCCCUUUGGUCCAUUUUGCCCACGGUGUGGGACGGAUCAACGAAUUACGCGCGCAUACACGCCGAGCUUUCGAGGGCAAUCGCCAGCAACAGAUCGCACAAAUACUGCAGCACCGCAACUACUAUUUACCACCAUUUCUACUACCUUCUACUACUAGCAUACAAGCGCACAGGGGGAUAUGUCAGCAGCCGGCGCUGUGGGGGCAAUUGCCCACGGAUGAAGCCGAGAAAAGGAUACACACACACACACACCUAUUGUUUUUGUGAGACUCAGACAACAACAGGACACUACUGUUAAUAUUUGUAGAUGUGUGUGUGUUUUCGGUGCGUGUGUGUGUGUGCACAUGAGUGUAUCGGUAAAAAAGAAAACAAAACGUCGCGCUAUUUGAGCGACCUGCAAUUAACUCAGCUGCUUCCAGAACAUGAGGUCCCAACCCACCAGAACGUUAGUCGAUAGAGAGAAAUGCUAGGAACGCAGCUCUGGGCAUUACAGGGCAGCCGAAAGGCAUGGGGCCACGAGUGAUCAAACAUCACAGGUUCUUCCCAUUUCGAGGGAGAGCGACAAACCUUUCCCCACUACUCGUGUAGUUCCCCGUUGGCGUACAACUUCCAACCCUCCAAGCUUCCAAGUCAGGGUCGAUAUUUUAACCGGAAUCGUUCUACUUCCAUCGAACACCUUUCACUGACUCACUGCAACUGCUACUGCAGGUGGUUCAGCUUCCAAAAGAUAGUGAGGGAAUACUCCCUGUAAAAUAUGAUAUUUUGUCAUCUGUCCCCACCAACUGAGGGGGGGGAUUUGUUGUUUCGGUGUAAAUGAGCGUGUGUGUGUGUGGUUUUUGCAAAAGAAAAACUAAUUUUAAGCAUUAUUUGUGUUUACAAAUUGUGUGUUGUGUGUUUUAUACAACAAAAGGCCAUUCUUCCAUGCAAAAACGCACGCCGCCAUCUUUUAUGUUGUUUUUACACCUUUUUUUGUCUUUUACGUUAAUAAAGUAAUAUAUAUACAUAGAAAGAGAGAGAGAGAGAGAGAGAGAGAGAGAGAGAGAGAGAGAGCGUUUAAGGACCUCUUUUACGGCAGGAUGUAGCAGCGCAGAUUUAUGGAAACGAAAGGAGAUAAAUAUUAGAUAGGAGCUAAUUGAUUGAACCGAGCGCGAAACACACAGCUCGUCGUUGCAUUGACCAGUGUAAUUAAAAUAAAUUAGCAAAAGCGGGCAGGAGUCAUCAUCUCACACGCCGUUCAAUGUGGGGAUGGUGAGCACUACUACUAAUACAGCGACCACCGCUAUUGGACUAUUGGUGGGGAAAACAAAGCAAACAUUGAGAAGACGGCAGCACAUCGCUCUCGGCAAAGGAAGGUUUAUGGUUUUGUGCAUAAACAAUCCAUUCUGCUGUGUGUCGUCGGUGAUGUCGCUUGAAGAUCGAAACCACGGUUAGAGCCAGGCGGGGUCUGUACUGUCUGCUGGUGGACCAUCGGGGGACUACAAAAAGAAGAAGAAGAAAAUAUUACCACUAGUUAAGGUACAACAACUUAAACGUGUAAGGCAAAAAUACAAACAAACAAAACAAAUCUACUCAUUUCACACGCAACAGCAAACACAUAUGAAAGGGAAACAAGGCGGACGGACAGAACUACCAAUCAAAUACGCGUCUCGGGAUGAGAUAGAGGAGACAAAGAAACAAACAUAACAACAUAAAAAAAACACUCUUUUUGUAGUAAACCAUUACAAAAUAAAUAUAAAAUCGUAAA